GCUACUGCCGGAACUUUAGUUACAAUUAGGUUAAGUAGUUAUUUACAAAUAAAGCAGUAGUAUCAAUGUUAGUAGUAGUUUUACUUUGACAUUAUUCUUUAUGUAUAAUUCUAUCGUGUUCAACUGUUCAUAUUAUAUUGCAGGAUAAAAUCCCAAUUGAAGAAGUUUUCAAGCAGUUGAAAUGCAGCAGAAAAGGUUUAUCUGGAGCAGAAGGACAAAAAAGACUCAAGAUCUUUGGUCCCAACAAGCUCGAGAAGAAGGAGGUAAAAAGAAAACUUUCAUAUAAGUUUUGUGUGGCUUAAGCAAUAAUUAAAGUCGCUAACUAUAUUUUGGUGGUUUCCAAUUAACAACAGGAAAACAAGUUCUUCAGUUUAUUGUUUAACCCUAUAUAUUGGGUCAUGGUAGGGACUGCAAUCAUGGCUAUUGCGUUGGCUAACGGAGAUGGAAGGCCACCGGGUUGGCAAAUAUUUAUCGGUAUUGUAUUUCUUUUAAUGUUGAACACAGUACUUACAGUACUUAGCUAUCUCAUAAUAGAAGACAAUGCCGGAAAUGCUGUUGCUGCUCUUUCUCCGAAAACAAAGGUCUUCUUUAUAAACUCCCUUCAUUCUUCUCUUUGCUUCAUUGUUCUUAUACUCGACAUAUCUCGAUUUGAUUGUUUGUUUGCGUUUAUAUUUCGCGUAUACUAGGUAAUGGCAUGCGCAAUACGCGGGUGGUUUAGUUAUGUUGUCUAUGAAAUGAGUAGAUUUUUAGUACCCUACUUGUUUUCAUAUAGUGUCUUGGUGUUAAAAAGAAUCUAGCGGUCCACAAUUGGAAGAGGAGGACCAUAAGUAAACGAUAGAAAUAGAAGUUUCACAAUGUAUAUUUUUGCUUUUGUUGUCAAGGUUCUAAGAGAUGGAAAAUGGUCAGAGCAAGAAGCUUCAAUUCUUGUUCCUGGAGAUAUCGUGAGCAUCAAGCUUGGUGAUAUCAUUCCUUGUGAUGCACGUCUUCUCGAAGGCGAUGAUUUAAAAGUUGAUCAAUCUGCUCUAACCGGAGAAUCCCUUCCCGCGACAAAAGGUCCAGGAGAAGAAGUUUACUUCGGUUCUACCUGCAAGCAAGGUGAGAUGGAAGCAGUUGUUAUCACCACUGGAGUCCACACGAUUUUUGGUAAAGCGGUUGUCGACAGUACACCAAACCAAGUUGGACAUUUCCAGAAAGUUGUAUCAGCAGUUGGAAGCUUCUGCAUAAUUUCCAUAGCCAUCGGUAUUUUGAUCGAGCUCGUUGUGAUGUACCUGAUCCAGCGCAGAAACUUCAGAGACGGAAUCGACAAUCUUCUGGUUCUUUUGAUUGGUGGGAUCCCCCCUUGCAAUGCCUACUGUGCUCUCUCUGACAAUGGCUGUUUGGUCUCGUAGGUUGUAUCACCAAGGACUUAUCACGAAACGAAUGACCGCCAUUGAGGAGAUGGCCAGUAUGGAUGUGCUGUGCACCGAUAAAACCGGGACUUUGACCCUCAACAAGCUUAGUGUUGAAAAGAAAUUGAUUGAGGUUUAUGCUAAAGGCGUUAAGAAAGAACAAGUUUUGCUUCUCGCUGCGAGAGCUUCAAGAACAGAGAAUCAAGAUGCUAUUGAUACCGCUAUGGUUGGAAUGCUUGCUGAUCCAAAAGAGGUAUGUAUAAUAAAUUUUAAAACUCUGUUUUUCCUCUGUUUUCGUUCUUGAAGAAAAUGUAAUCUUUUUCUCAUUGUCAGGCAAGAGCUAGAAUUAUAGAAAUUCAAUUCUUACCAUUCAAUCCAGUUGAUAAGCGAACGGGUUUAACUUAUAUCGAUGACAACGGAAAUUGGCAUCGAGUUAGCAAAGGAGCUCCAGAGCAGGUAACUAAAACUAAUUCUGUUUUACAUUUUAGUACAUUAUACUGUUUCUAUUUAAUGACUAAACCGUAAAAACGGAUUCUUUGAUGAUUCAGAUUCUUGAUCUUUGCAACGCAAGAGCUGAUCUGAGGAAGAGAGUCCGCUCUGCAACCGAUAAGUACGCUGUGCGUGGACUCGGGUCAUUAGCUGUUGCAAGACAGGUGAGGAAAAUGUUACAUCUUUUGUGUUUUUUUUUGUGCAAAGGAAA